UCUGCUCAUAGAGCGGCUUAGUGAGCGGUGAGGAAUGAGGACAUUCUGCUUGCUCCAAGUCGGCUUACGUGUUGUUUACAGUAUACGAAGGAAACAUUAACGCAUUUUACGGUGUGAUAAUCGUGUAAAACAAACUAAGAACCGAAAAUGGAUUUUCAAAAUCGGCCAGGAGGCAAAACUGGAGGCGGUGGUGUUGCCUCAUGGUCGGAAAGCAAUCGUGACAGAAGGGAACGUUUACGACAACUUGCAUUGGAAACAAUCGACUUAAACAAGGAUCCUUAUUUUAUGAAAAAUCAUUUAGGCUCUUAUGAAUGCAAAUUGUGUUUAACGCUUCAUAAUAACGAGGGCAGUUAUUUAGCCCACACUCAAGGCAAAAAGCAUCAGGCUAAUUUGGCUCGAAGAGCUGCCAAGGAAGCCAAGGAAGCACCACAAACACUUGCUCCUGAAAAACCUCGAGUAGAGCCAAAAAAAUUCGUUAAAAUUGGAAGACCUGGCUACAGAGUAACCAAACAACGUGACCCAGAAUCUGGGCAACAGAGUUUAUUGUUUCAAGUUGAUUAUCCAGAAGUUGCAGAUAAUGUUAUUCCACGACACAGGUUUAUGUCAGCAUACGAACAAAGAGUUGAACCACCAGACCGUAAAUGGCAGUACUUACUGUUUGCUGCAGAACCCUAUGAAACUAUAGCUUUUAAAGUUCCCAGUAGAGAAGUUGAAAAAGCAGAAGGAAAAUUUUGGACCCAUUGGAAUAAAGACACUAAGCAGUUUUUCUUACAGUUUGCAUUUAAAAACGAAAAACCGUCGGUUGGCAAAGUACCACCACCUCCAGUUCCUUUAAUAAGACCUGGUUUAGGACCUCCUAUGGUGCCAGUUCCACCUCCUCCAAGGCCUCCUAUGUUUAAUCCAGUACCUCCACCACCUGCACUUUUAGCUACAGGUAUGCAAAUACCACCACCACCACCACAUCUAGCAUAAUACCUUUUUAAAACAAGUAUGAAGUAUAUCUAUAAAUUUGAAAUGUACAUUUUUAUUCAAAGCAAACUCCUAUGCUAUUCGAAUGUGUACCUUGUACAUAAGAAAAUGUAUUUCUUAUCUGAACAAUUAUAAUUAACGAAUAAACCCUCGAUUAUUUUGUACAAGUAAAUCUG